AUGGCCGACGUGCCAAGGGACCUGCUGCAGGAGAUCAAGAGACUCGAGGACUUGUUCACCGUUGACAAGGCCAAGCUGAAGAAGAUUACCGACCAUUUCGUCUCCGAGCUUGCAAAAGGCUUGAGCAAGGAAGGGGGUUCAAUCCCUAUGAAUCCGACAUGGUGCAUGUCCUUUCCAACAGGGUUUGAGACUGGAAGGUUCUUGGCUCUUGAUAUGGGCGGAACCAACCUACGAGUCUGCGAAAUUACUCUGACCGACGAAAAGUCCGAGUUUGAGAUUCUUCAGUCAAAAUACCGCAUGCCCGAGGAACUCAAGUCUGGGGAUGCUGACGAACUUUGGGAAUAUGUUGCUGACUGCGUUCAACAAUUUAUCGAGACUCACAAAUUAACUGAUGAAAUGGACACAUUGCAUCUUGGUUUUACAUUCUCUUACCCGGCUACUCAAAACUAUAUCAACCAUGGUAUUCUUCAGCGCUGGACAAAGGGGUUUGACAUAAAGGGCGUCGAGGGUGAGGACGUGGUUCCCAUGUUUGAGGCAGCCAUUGCCAAGAGAGGAGUCCCCAUCCACCUUACUGCUCUGGUCAAUGACACAACUGGCACUUUGAUUGCAUCUGCAUAUACAGACACUAGAAUGAAGAUUGGCUGUAUCUUCGGUACUGGUUGUAAUGCCGCUUAUAUGGAGGAUUGCGGCUCGAUUCCGAAGCUAGCUCACAUGAAUCUGCCCCCUGAAACUCCCAUGGCCAUCAACUGUGAGUGGGGUGCUUUCGAUAAUGAAGGGAAGAUUUUACCAAAAACUCCAUACGAUGUUAUCGUCGACCAGGACUCUCCGCGUCCGGGCCAGCAGGCGUUCGAGAAGAUGAUUGCUGGUCUCUAUCUGGGCGAGAUAUUCCGACUCGUCUUAGUCGAUCUACACGAUAACAAGAAUGUCCACAUCUUCGAGGGCCAGAACAUUGACAAGCUCCGAAAGGCAUAUACUUUGGACUCUUCCUUUCUCUCUAUGAUCGAGGAGGACCCCUGGGAGAAUCUGUCGGAAACAAAGGACCUCUUCCAAACCAAGCUUCUACUUUCUGCGACUCAUCCAGAACUCGAAUUGAUCCGUCGCCUUGCGGAGUUGAUCGGCACACGUGCAGCUCGCCUUGCUUCUUGUGGUGUUGCCGCAAUUUGCAAGAAGAAAGGCUACGAGACAUGCCACGUCGGCGCGGAUGGUUCUGUCUUCAAUAAAUACCCGCACUUCAAGCAGCGCGGGGCAGAUGCUCUGCGGGAGAUCCUCGACUGGCCAGAGAAGAAGAACCCUAAAGACGAAGACCCAAUCGAGAUUCUGGCCGCCGAGGAUGGCUCAGGUGUAGGCGCGGCGUUGAUUGCAGCACUGACGCUCGAGCGGGUCAAGGCAGGAAACGGCGCUGGUGUCAUGGCCCCGGAGACCUUCAAGAAGUAG